AUGCAUCCUGAUGGGAACAAGCUAUAUCGAGAUCUUCGUGAGUUGUAUUGGUGGCCUGGGUUAAAACGCGAAGUUACCGAUUAUAUAAGGAUCCUAGGGUCACAUCUCGGUUCUGGAAGAAAUUACAUGAGGCUUUGGGUACACGACUGGAUUUCAGUAUCGUUUUUCACCCUCAGACGGAUGGAUAAUCUUAGAGAGUGUUGUACUCCUACUUGUUGGACUGAACUGGGUGAGCGACGAAUUCUGGGGCUAGAGCUAAUUGCUGAUACAGAGGAUAAGGUAAAGUUGAUUCGGGGUCGGUUGAAAGAAGCAUUUGAUAGGCAGAAGUCCUAUGCAGACUUGAAGUGUAAAGAGAUCAAAUACUCUGUGGGGGAUUAUGCCUUUCUUAAGCUUGAGUUGCCUCCGGAGUUGGGAAGAAUUCAUGACGUGUUUCACGUUUCCAUGCUUAGGCGGUACCGAUCUGAUCCCUCACAUGUUGUGUCGGUUAAAGAAAUUGAAGCUAGGCCUGAUCUAACCUUCGAGGAAGAACCUGUGUGA